AGGAAAAUAUGUAUUCUGUGGGUGGCAAUACCAAUGCAUUCAUGUUUGGGAGGACCUGGAGAUCAGCCAUUACUGAGAAAUAACAGAGAGGAAAAGAAGGAUAUAUGAACCACAUCCUAAAUUUCCGUACUGUAGAUAGAUGAACAAAUGAAGCACGGAGCCAAAACAACGAUGAGUUUUGAAAGAAGUCCUCUGUUUUGUGCGAUGGAAAAUGGAAGUGGUCAGAAAAUAGAUCAGGCCUGUGGGUAGACUCCUGGAUAACUUACCGAAAGCAUUAGGGAGCUACAUUUUGAUUACAUAGACGUGUUCAAAUGGAAUGGUUAGAUUUCAGAAAAAGGAGAGCACUUCCCAUUCACUAAUCUGUGUUAGAGGUGCUGUGAAGAGCAAACGGGAUCUUCUGAAGCAGGCUGACUGCGUAAAGAUUUUCAGAGAUUGAUUACGUCUUUUCACUGGGUUUGAAACCCUUUCCGUGAAGAGUCUCCUCAAACGUGGAUGAAAACAGUGCUCCUUUUUUUAUCCAAGAAUAUAUAUAUAGAUAUAUUUGGAGGCAUCUCAUUUAGCUCGUGGACUUCCUUGGGAUCCAGUGAUGGUGGUGCUUCUGGGGCUACUCUGCCUGCUGGUGGACAUUUGGGGAUCCAGAGCAACUAAAGAAUCCUUGAGAACUGAAGUUCUUGACCUCAUGGCGGCAUCUCGGCUAAUAGACGGACACAAUGAUCUGCCCCUGAAAUUAAGAUGGUUACACCAGAACAAGCUAAGCACAAUUGACUUGAAGAAACUCAAAAACACCAACACAAACAUUGAGAAGCUCCAGGCUGGCCAUGUUGGGGCACAGUUUUGGUCAGUAUAUGUUCUCUGCGGUGCACAGAACAAAGAUGCUGUACGUUUGACACUAGAACAAAUUGAUGUUGUCAGACGGAUGUGUGAAGACUAUGAAGAAUUGGAACUGCUGACAUCUUCAAAGGGCAUAGAGAAUCUCAGCAACAAUAAGAUUGCCUGCUUGAUCGGCAUUGAAGGAGGCCAUUCCAUUGACAGCAGCCUGGCCACCUUGAGGAUGUUCUAUGAGCUGGGUGUUCGGUACAUGUCUUUGACCCACACUUGCAACACUCCCUGGGCAGAAACUUCAACGAAAGGCAGACACAAUUUCUAUCCUGAUGUUAACAGCUUGACUCCUUUUGGCAUCGAAGUGGUGAAGGAGAUGAAUCGCCUGGGGAUGAUGGUAGACCUAUCUCACACCUCUCAUGAGACAGCAAAAGCUGUUCUUAGGGUUUCCAGAGCACCUGUCAUUUUCAGCCAUUCUUCUGCCUAUUCGGUCUGCCACCACUCCAGGAAUGUUCCAGAUGACAUUCUCCUAAAGCUUAAAGAGAACCAUGGAAUUAUAAUGGUGACGUUCCCUGUGAAGUUUUUGGCCUGUGGAAAUAAGUCAGUUAACAUCUCAACUGUUGCAGAUCACUUUGACCACAUAAAGAAAAUUGCAGGUUCAUUUUCAAUAGGAAUUGGCGGUGACUAUGACGGAGAAUCACGAUUCCCUCAGGGACUGGAAGAUGUUUCAAAAUAUCCAGACGUAAUUGAAGAACUGCUGAGGAGAGGCUGGAGCAAGGAAGAACUUCGUGGGAUUCUGAGGGAGAACUUACUUCGUGUUUUCAAAGAAGUAGAAAAUGUGAAGAAGAGCUGGCAAGAGAAGGCAAGUGAAGUGGAAAUCCCACUUGAGCAGGUGGAUCAAACCUGUCGCCUGGAGCUGAAGCCUCCAACUUCGCCAAGGAACGGCUCCUGCAGACUGCUUUGCAUGGGGCUACUCAAAAGCCUUGUAUUCACCGUAGGAAUGUACAUGAUGUUGCCCUGAACUUGAUUCUGACAACGGCGCCAAGGACGGAUUCUUCCAAAGUUAAAAUAGAAACGAAGAACAAUACUACUCAUGAUCACAAAGUCUGGAACGGCCAAUGGUUCCUGCUUCAUUUGCACAAAGCUGCUUUCCCAAGAGGCAACUGGACUUUCUUGGGUUUUCCCCUUGAAAACGGUUUCACUUCUCUUCUUCCGUUCACGGAUGAGAAGUGGAAUGUUUUCAAAGGAAAAAAACUAAGAAAGCCCAACUGCCUUUUGGAAAAGCACCUUUUGGGACAACCGUGACCUGGAAGAUUGAGAAUCUUCACAGAACGAGAAGAGUUUUGGAAUGCCAAAGGAAAAGCUGCCCAAACAGAGCCAUCAUUUCCAUAAACAUCACCUAUGGUACCGACAUGCUCAGUUCGGAAUGAAAUUCAGUCACAUUCAAUAACUCCCAGCACACUCCGGUGAUAUUUAAUUCCUGUUAAAUCCUGUGGAACUUCCUUCUCCAAGUAAAUAUGAAUGGGUUAGUA